AUGGUCACCAAGUCUAAGCUUAAGCUCGCCUUAGCGGCCGAGAAGGGCGUCGACUUCCAAAAGAAGAAGAUGGACCGCAAGAUCAAGUCCAAACACCGCGAGGCCGAGAAGGCAAAGGCGAAGAAGGCCAAGCUCACUGGAAAGGAGCCGAAGGCGGAGCUGGAGCUGGAGGAGGAGGAGGAGGAGGAGGAGGAAGAAGAUGAUGAUGUUAUUUCUCUGGAGGGUGGAAUCACGUUGAACGCCGAGUUUGAGGAUGCAGACUCGGACUCGGACGAGGAGGACGACGAUGAGGACCAAGAGGACGCCAGAUUUGAUAUUGAGGCAUUGGACGACACCGAUAGCGAAUCCGAUUCGGAAGUCGAAAUGGAAGAAAAUAUCGAGCGCCCAGCCAAGAAGCCCAAGACCAACAAGCAGACGCCAACAGAAGUCGAGGAGAAGGACGAGGAUGAAGACGAAGACGAGGACGAUGAGGAUGAGGAAGAAGAGGACCCGGAGGAGGAUGACAUUCCUCUGUCCGACAUUGAGGGAGACGCCGAGGACCUUGAAGACGUCGUCCCCCACACCAGACUCACAAUCAACAACAAGGCCGCCCUCCUGGCCUCUCUGAACCGCAUUCGCCUGGACACGUCAUCCGCCGUUCCUUUCGCCACCCACCAGUCUCUUAUCUCGUCCAAGCCCACAGCAGAGUCUGUUCCGGACGUUCAAGACGACCUCCAGCGCGAGCUUGCCAUCCUCUCACAGGCCCUCGAGGGUGCGCGCAAGGGCCGCACCCUCCUGCUGAAGGAGGGCGUUCCGUUCUCGCGCCCCAGCGACUACUUCGCCGAGAUGGCCAAGGACGACGGCCAGAUGCAGAAGAUUAAGGACAAGCUUAUUGAGGAGGCGAGCAACAAGAAGGCCGCCGCCGAGGCGAGAAAGCUCAGAGACCUCAAGAAGUUCGGCAAGCAGGUCCAGGUUGCCAAGCUGCAGGAGCGUCAAAAGGCCAAGAAGGAUACUCUUGAGAAGAUCAAGACGCUAAAGAGGAAACGUCAAGAAGGCUCCGGCAAUCUCGACACGCACGAGGGCGACCUCUUUGACGUCGCCGUCGACAACGAGCUCAAGGGCCACCGCAACUCGAAGACGGGCGGUCCCCGCGGCAGCGGCAGCGGCGUCAACGCUAAGCGGCAAAAGAAGAACGAAAAGUAUGGUUUUGGCGGCAAGAAGCGCCACUCCAAAUCGGGCGACGCCAUGAGCUCCGGCGAUCUCAGCGGUUUCAACGCAAAGCGCAUGAAAGGCGGCGUCGCCAACGGCAGAGUGACCAAGACGCGGCCUGGAAAGAACAGGAGAAAGGCCAUGAAUAAAUGA